GAGACCACAAUUGACGAAAUUAGAGAGGGAGGGAAAGUUAGAGAGACUAGAGAGACCAUAAGUGACGAAAUUAGAGAGAUCUGCCGGAGAACCAAAAUCGGAGGCGUUUUCCGGCGGGGCGAUCAGCGAUGUGCAAUCACGGGGCGAGGUCGGCGAAGAGUAGCAGCAGCAACAGCAGUAGUAGGCAGCAGCAGCAGGAGAAGAAGAAGACGAGGAUGCUGGUUAAGUUUAAAGACCUGCCACAGUAUAUGAAGGACAACGAGUACAUACUGGACUAUUACCGCUGCGAGUGGCCGUUAAAGGAUGUCAUCUUCAGCGUCUUUGCCUGGCACAACGAAACCCUCAACAUCUGGACGCAUUUGUUGGGGUUCUUGAUAUUCGUGGGACUAGCGGUGAUGAGCUCGAAGGAUAUGGGAGCUCUGCUCGGGAAUUUCUCCAGGGCUUCGGUUUCUGGGCCGUCGAUGAUGAAGAUGAACCAGCUUAAUGUCUCCGACGCUCUAUUUGCUCCGGAUUCACAUUUGAAGCAAAUGUCAGAGUCAUUCAUUUAUGCUAACAAGGAUGAUGGUUUUAGUACAAUUCCAAGCUGGCCUUGGUUUGUGUUCUUAAGUGGUGCUAUGGGCUGCUUAGUCUGCAGCUCCCUCUCCCACCUCUUUGCUUGUCACUCCAGACGCUUCAACUAUUUCUUUUGGCGUCUGGACUAUGCGGGCAUUUCCCUUAUGAUAGUUUGCUCCUUCUUUGCUCCCAUAUACUAUACCUUCCACUGCAAUCCAUACUCUCGCUUGUUCUAUCUCUCUUCAAUAUCCAUUCUUGGCGUCCUUGUCAUCGUUACACUCCUUUCGCCGAGUCUCUCUGCACCCCGUUUCCGGACAUUCAGGGCCACUCUCUUCCUCACCAUGGGCUUCUCAGGUGUUAUUCCUGCUGUUCAUGCCCUUGUUAUCCAUUGGGACCAUCAACCCAUAAUUGCUGCUCUGGGGUAUGAACUUGCUAUGGCUAUUUUUUAUGCCACGGGAGCUGGGUUCUAUGUUAGUAGGAUACCAGAACGCUGGAAACCCGGUAAAUUUGAUAUUGCAGGACACAGCCAUCAGAUCUUCCAUGUGUUUGUUGUGUUAGGUGCACUUGCACAUAGUGCUGCCACACUAGCAGUCAUGGAUUUUCGCCGGGGAUUGCCAACCUGUGUAUAUUAGGCAGUCAUGGUUAGCUAGACAUCAUACCAGGGAGGAUUCAAGUUUCUAUGUUCUGCACCAAGUUUUCUAUUGCCUUGUUGCUUAGCUUGGCCUUGGAAAACUCCAUCCGAAGGAAAAACCUGCAUUUUCAUUGAAACUGGUGGGGAAGUUUAUGUUGUUGUACUUUGUAUUUGUGGACAUCUAUCAGUUCUACGAUGAUCAAUUAUAACUAUAGCUACAACAGGUGAUAAUGAUAUCAUUUCAUAUCACCAGUGAUUUUAUUUCAA